AUGCGGCGCCUCGAACUAGCCACGCUUAUUCUCAUCUGCAUUCUGGCAGCGGUGUUCGGCCAGGAUGGUGACCUUUUUUUCUCGGUGAGCCCUGGAGAGCAUACGGUCGUCGAGGGAUCUCCAGUUCGUCUGAGAUGCGAGGCGCAGCCGAGUUCCCAGGUCAAGUACUCGUGGAAAAUCGACGGCCAACCGCUUGCACCGAGUCCACGGCGACACCAGCAGGGCGGAGACCUUCGUAUCACUAGGGUCAACCGUAUCCUCGACAGUGGAAACUUUGCUUGUGUAGCCACUCACGAGGAAACUGGAUACUCCAUCGAGAGUUCGCCUACCAAAAUCGACAUUCAAUGGAUCAGCGAGGCGAGCGUGCAGUUGCAACAACCGAAGCUACCCUCGGCGGUCCGUGUCGGGGGCGAGGUCGAACUUCGAUGUCACGUCGAUGGAUCUGGAGACAUGAAAUAUGAGUGGUUCAAAAACCUUGAGCCGGUAGUUAGAACCGAUCGAAUCGAGAUCAAGAAGAAGAAGCUACACGUCCACCGAGCAAUUCCCGAAGACAGCGGAAUGUACAGUUGCCUAGCGAAGAACGAGGCUGGAUCUUCACCAAAAAUGGAAAGCUACCCUCUUAUCGUUUCUGGUAACGACACGGCAACGAUAAAGGUCGUUCCUAGGAACCUGAUCGCGAAACGAGGAGAACCGGCUGCGCUUCAUUGCGUCUUCGAAGACGCGGAUUCUGUACAGUGGUACUUCAAGGACAUCGGCCCGUUGGAAAGCGACGACGAGAGAACUGUCUUCGAGAAUGGAACUUUGCUGAUACACUCGGCCGAGCACAGGGACCAAGGUUUCUAUUCCUGUCGAGGGGAAAGGGGAGACAGCAGCGUUGCUUACACGGUUGAUCUUCAAAUAGCUUAUUUAAUGAACCUGUCCGCGGCUUCGUUCGAGCCCAUUCUACUCAACCAAGUAGCUGUGGUAGGAGAAGAACAGGAACUCCAAGUGAGCUGCUUAGAACCCUCCGGUCUUCCAGCCCCCAAGGUCUACUGGAGAGAUCCCAAGGGACACAUUAUAAGCGAUUCCGGGCCGGUGCGCGUUCAGGAUAACACGCUUAUCAUCGCGAAAGCACGGAUAGGCGAAGACGACGGGAACUAUACCUGCGUUGCCGAGAAUAUGGCCGGGGAGACCGAUAUGGUUGCUCAAGUGCUCAUCUCCACACCACCGACGCUGAUUAGCUCGCCGGAGAGUCUGAACGUGAUGGAAGGUGAUUCCGUGACGUUGACGUGUUCGUACUCGGGCAUGGAACCGCCCGUGACCCACGUGCGUUGGCUGAAGGACGGGGAAGGUUUGAAAGAGACCGGCGGACCGACGAGACACCGGGUGACCGACCAGUACGGCAACGUGACCCUGCAUUUCAAGAGCGUCGAGAUGUCUGACAAAGGUAGCUACACGUGCGAGAUAUCGACGAAAGGUUUCCCUUCGAUAUACUCCGAGCGGGCUACACUGACGGUCGAAGAGAAGCUCAAGUUUUCGCCGCAACCGGUGGACAAGCGGCUGGAGCUUGGCUCGACGGCCAAAGUGCCUUGCAAGUCUCAGGGUGCCACUAAUCCGACGGUGAAGUGGAUCAAGGAAGGGGCCGGUGAGGAAUUCCCGAAGCACGUGCAAGAUAUCAAUGGGACUCUCCACUUCAAUGGCGUCCUCGAGGAGGACAAGGGUCGCUACACGUGUAUAGCCAGCAACGCCCAGGGAUCGAUCAACCACACGAUCAGCAUCGACGUAGUCAUCGCACCGAAAUUCACUAUUCAGCCUCAGAACCCAACGGAGGCGAUCGAGGGAUACCCGGUAAUGUUGCACUGUGCCGCGGAGGGCGAUCCUAAACCCACGAUCCAAUGGGACAGGGACUCUCGUAUGAACAAUCUGAAUAACUCCCGCUUCGAGGUGCUAGGAAACGGAAGUCUGUACAUCAAGGAAGUGUACCUGGGCGACGAGGGCAAGUACGGCUGCACAGCGGGCAACAGCGGCGGUCUGAAAAGGGAAGAGGUUCAAUUGAACGUGAAAGCCGGCGACACGUACAGAUUCGACAUGGAUCCGGAAGUCGGUGACGACGGAUCGAUGAUGACGAAGACGGUCACGAUCACUCUGAGCGCAGCCGCAGCCUACAUGGUCCUCGUGGUCGGUCUGAUGCUGUACUGUCGUUACCGAAGACGUCGCAGGAAGCAGCAGUACCUCCAAGAGCAGGCUGAAGAGAAACUCGAGAACGGGGAGGUGCAGGAGGAACAGACCGAGCUGAAAGAGACCGGGAACAGCAAGAUGAACUCCAGCGCGGGGAAGAAAAAGGAGAACCGCGAUUCCCAUAACAAGAGCGACGGCGCGGACACCGCGCAAAGUCAGAGCAGCAAUCAGUCGAAGAAAUCGAAGUCGAACUACGACAAGAUCGCCGUGUCUCGGGGUAACUUGAAGGAAUUGAAACCUCUUGGUCGCGGUGAGUUCGGCGAGAUUUACGCGACCAAGUACCAGGUGGACGGGGACAAGGAAAGCCUGGUGAUGGUGAAGAGCUUGACCAACACCAAGGACGAGACGGCUCUGCAAGAAUUUAAACGCCACCUGGAUCUCCUGCACAAACUGAACCACGAGAACGUGGUGAAACUGAUAGGUCUGUGUCGCGAAGAGGAACCCGAUUACAUGAUCCUCGAAUACACCGAUUGGGGCGAUCUGAAGCAAUUCUUGAUCGCUUCUCGCAAGGACAACAACUCCAGCCCGACCCAGGAAACGAAAGCUCCCCGUGCACCUCAAUUGUCUGUCGCGCAGAUCCUUUCUCUGUCGAACCAGGCGGCGAAAGGGUUGAAACACCUGGCGGACACACGUUUGGUACACAAAGACAUAGCCGCCCGAAACUGCCUGAUCGCCAGUAACCUGACGAUCAAGAUCUCGUUGCCGUGCAUGACCAAAGAGCCCUACCAACAGGAGUACACGAAACACCGGAACCAAGUGAUCCCUCUUAGAUGGCUGCCCUACGAGGCGGUCUACGAGGACGAGUACUCGACCAAGAGCGACGUCUACUCGUUCUCCUGUCUCGUAUGGGAGAUGUUCCAUCAGGGCGAAUUGCCGUUCAACAAGAUGAACGACGAGUCCGUGUUGAUCGCGUUGAAAUCUCAGACACUCGCGUGGAAGCCACACAAAGCUGCACCUCCUGCCUUGCAGGAGCUUCAGGUUCAGUGUUGGGCAAACGAUCCACGAGACAGACCCACCUUCGACGAGGUCGUAUUGAAAAUAGGUGAAAUCGUGGUCGACAGUUGCCUGUAGGUUGCUCGAACAACGCCAACGAGGCUCUAAAAUCCGGAUACACUGAGACAAAAGUAAUUAUUCGUUUGCGUAAUGACGUUUAACAACGAUAAACGGUUGGAUAAAUGUCAGGGUUCGAUCUCGCAACGAUUACUAGUGUUACAGUAAUUCGGUCGCGUCCAUUAGGUCGGUAAGGAUUAUAAUUUAUUUCUAACUGAAGAAACAUCCGCUCCAACGACUAUGAACGUCGGAUUAACGUAAGGAUACACGGUACGGAUCCAGUACACGCUACAAUAUUAUACGACUAACGCAAUAUUAUAGUCUAUCUAUUAUCGAAUAUCAGUGUAACGAUAUAUAUUAGGAAUAUGCAAAAGUUUUAGUCUAUUUUUAUCCGUUCGAUUUCUUUUCUAUGAAACCAAAUUUCCAAUGUUCUUUGAUGGAUCUUUCCCAAUGACUUUUAUUCAAAUCUAGAAAAGACUAAAACUUUUGCAUACGCUUAAUUAUAUAGGGUAUAUAUCGAUCACCGCACAUCGAAUACUCGUUAAGAACACCGCUACAUAAAUAUAUAUUGUCGUCAAGGCAAGAGAUCGCAAGCUACGAAAGUAUCAAGACCAUAUCAACGUUGAACGAACGACAAGUUUUUAUAACCGCCUAAUUCACGUCUGCCCUCGUUGUAUUCCGUUAAGGUCUAAGGCUUAAGAAUUAUUUAUAUAGCGUACACGUUUGCGUCUGACACGUAACACAUAUAAAUAUAUAAAUAUAUAUAUAUAUGUAUAAUAUACAGGGUGUCCGAUAGAUUUCUUACCCACUUUACUAGUAACCGUCUGUGAUUAGACGGUUCGACAAAGUUUCUAAGGAAAGUUGUGGGACACCCUGUAGAUAGACGUGUGGGUGUACAGGGUGAAUCGUGUAGUCGAAACGACGAGCAUUUCUAACCCUUCGAGGACAGUGCAAGCACCUUGGACGUGUCGAUACAAUUACUAUGUCUGUGAUUUAAUUUGAUUAUUGGAUGGAAAUUGAGAAAGAAUUGAAUGCUGAAAGGGUUACGAGCUCGGAAAUCGUUUCGCACCGCUUGGCUCACCUUGUCCACGUACAAGAAAUUAAAAGAAGUCGAGGAAGAAUGAACGAAAGAACGAAGGAAAGAAAGGCAGGAGCGAUUGCUCGAUAUCGACUCGAAGAGGUGAAAUAAAACGGUCUUGUAUAUACCGUGGGUAUUCGUUAUAAGUACAAUCGCGAGAUUCAAGUUUAAUUAUCCCGAGGUAUCGGUAUGCUAUUCUUCUGAUUAUCAUUGCUACACGAACAAGGCUGAAAGAAGAUCGAAAUUCUAUAUCGAGCACUACCUUAGAGCCUAUUUUUGCAUUCGGGGAUGAAUAGAUUAAGAAUCAGUCGUGUCGAACGUCCUCGAAACUGGACGAUUCGACAGUCCAUAUCACGAAAUUCGUACAACGAAGCCAAUUUUGUUUCGUUUAUUUCCAUUUCGCAGGGGUAACUCGAAUCGAGUCGCCUGUACGAUUUUUCUUUUCUUCAUAGGAAUUUCCAUUUCGAGUUAGACAAGAGCUCGAAGGUUACAAAAGAACCCAUUACAGAAUCAUAGAGAGAUUAUAGAUCACGGUUAAUCAAGAGCAUUAAAUAUGCUGAUACGAUGACUAUCAUAGCUCACGCGAGGAAAUACGUACACGUACAGAGCUGUCAACGUCGAAACGCAGGAGCAAUUACUCCCAGAAUUGGAAAAAGGAAAAUGUUUAACACUCUGAUUGCCACAUUAACGCGUUGGAAAUUAAUUUAAUUCACAAAUUACCUCCAGAGAACAAUUGCUCUAAACUUCUUAAAAGUCUCAUCAAAUAGUAAUUUUGUUUUUGAUAAAAUUAAUAUACUAUUUCGAUGGUGUUCUGAUAGAAAUUCAUCUGUCUGUGAAAUAUGUGUUACUUGGCAGUCAACGUGUUAAUUACAAUACCAAGUAUCAGGAUGUUGAAAAAUGUGAAAGAAGAUCGAUCAGUAUUCAAAGUAUUCCUCAGCUCUGCACACGUAUACGCAUAUAAAAUAUAUAAUGUAUCAUAUACGCAUCUAGAUGUACGAGACGCUAAGGUAAACACUGCCAACGAGUAAUCUCUGUAACGUUAAAGGUUCUCAUAAUCAUAGCAAAUAUGACCAUUCCCUAAUUUAAUGUACACCCCCUCCUUCGUCGUAUCGAAGGCACCGUGAGAAGAGAUCGAAGCUUUUGGCUAUCGAUUUCUUUUCCACUACGAGCCUACACAUUUUGCAAGAGUCCCGAACGUUGUCGUCGAUUUUUCGAAAUUAUUCCUUUCUUUUUUAACUUUUCUCUGGAAAGGAUGAUCCAACGAUCAAAAAGGGUUAAUACGAAUCUUGAAACACGAGAGAAUAUAAUUGAUAGGGGGAAUCGAUCGACGAGCAACGUUCGCUUGCAAACGUCCUGAAUGUUCAGAUGCUUCCUAAAUGUUCGCAGUAAUAGGCCAAGGAAUAUUCUUGUAAUAUAAAGUACGUUAGGAACAUACCUUGCAGCCACUUCGCUGACAUUUCGUAAAUCAUUAUUCAAUUCUGACGAGUUCUGACUGUGUGCUCUCAUAUCAUUCGCCGAUCGAAUCUAUCAGGUGUUGCGAUUGUCAACCCUCAAGUAAUUAUUAAACUCUUGCCUCGUGAAUUAUUUGCCUUUAGUGAUUCAGUAUUUUAUAUUUAGUUAUUGAUCACUCAAACGACAGGAGUAUAAAACUUUAGUCUUAUAAAGUCUUGAAUUUUGUAAUUUAUGUCUGAUAUAUUAAUGAAAAUUUCAUUAUUCUAUGGAUAGGAUUUAUUUCAUGGUGUUUACGAGGCAACGGGUUUAAAGAGGAGAACAAAGGGUUGGCAGAACACCCAGACUGAAAAAAAAAGAAAAGAAAAGAAAAGGUGUUUUUUAACAAAGCGACCUAUUAUAUACGUCUGAUGUCUAGUCAUACACGGUGGGAACGAUAUAAGCGAGCAGCGAACGCAAGAUCCAUUUUUAAAACGAAAAGAAAACGACCUCUCAUAUCCCUACGCGUUUUUGUAAUCGAUUUCUUUUUUACAGUAUUUUGUAAAUAUUUGUACUUUUUUAUCUACAUCGUACUUACGAAUCUUUGAAAUAGUAUGUGCUACGAUUAAAUAAAGGUGGACAAAAA